AUGGGAUCGUUGAAACUGUUCAUCAAGGCUGUUCGUAAGGCCAAAACGAUUGCGGACGAAAGGACCGUCGUGCGCAAAGAGUCCGCCAGUAUAAGGACUUCCUUCAGAGACCCAAAUUUGGACCAGACCACCAGACGAAUAAACAUCUCCAAGUUGCUCUAUCUUUACAUCUUGGGCGAGAAGACUCAUUUUGGUCAAGUGGAAUGCCUCAAAUUACUUGCAUCUCCGCGUUUUGCCGAUAAGAGACUGGGGUACUUGGCUGUUAUGCUUCUCUUGGAUGAGAAUCAGGAAGUCUUGACGCUUUUGACGAACUCCUUGGACAACGAUAUGCAGCAUCCAAACACCUUCAUCGUCGGAUUGGCCCUUACCUGCCUUGGAAACAUUGCUUCGCCGGAAUUGGCUCGUGAUUUGUACAAUGACGUGGAGAAGAUCAUCAAAACCACCAGCUCGACCUACUUGAAGAAGAAGGCCAGUAUCGUGGCCGCUAAGUUGAUAAGCAAGGAACCUGACUUGGGUGAAGUCUUUUUGCCAUUGGUUCAGCAGAUGCUGAAGGAGAAACAGCCCCAGAUCUUGCUUGGUGUGUGCCGAAUGAUCCAGGAAAUGUACCAGCAUUGCCCAGAACAGAGAAAAGCCGUGAUGAGAUUGGCUCCCCGUUUGAUGGAGCAUUUGCGAAGAAUCAUCACCAGCGGAUACAUGCCUGAUUUCGAUGUUUCCGGUGUCACUGACCCAUUCUUGCAAGUGACUUUGCUUCACACGUUACGAAUCUUGGCCACUGACGAGAACUUCCCAGGUGAGUUUUUGGAGCAGAUGAACGAUAUCCUCACACAAGUGGCGCUGAACUUAGACAGUGUCAAGAACGCUGCUCACGCCAUCAUGUACGAGUGUAUCAAGACCAUUUUUGCGAUCAAGUCUGACCAAUCGCUUCGUGUUCUUGGUAUCAACCUGCUUGGUAAGUUUUUGCUGAUCAAGGACAACAACAUCCGUUACGUGGCUCUCGAGAUGCUUCUCACCGUGAUAGACUACGAGCCAUUGGCCGUGCAGAGACAUCGCCAAACCAUUGUUAGUUGUCUUAUGGAUGGCGACAUUUCAAUUCGUCGGAGAGCCUUGGAGCUUGCUUUUGCCAUCCUCAAUGGAGAGAAUAUCCGGGUUUUGAUCCGCGAGAUCUUGACCUUCUUGGAGAAUUGUACUGACAACGAGUUGAAGCCCUACAUCACCUCGCAAAUCACCAUUGCAUCGUCGAAAUAUUCGCCCAACGAAAAAUGGCACUUUGACACCUUAAUCCGCAUGCUUAAGGUUUCUGGUAACUACAUCACAUCCGACAUUAUCUCGAACAUCUUGGCUCUCAUGAUGAGAUGCAGCUCGGCAGACUUGAGAAAACAUCUUGUGUCUCGUCUCUUCCUGGCUGCUGUGGAGGACCCACUGCAAUUUGCUUUGGCUGUUGUCAGUGUGUGGUGUUUAGGAGAGUAUGCUGAUUCGAUUCUCGGUACUGAGGUGGAGAUAAAUGGCAAGCAAGUGGUUGCGUCUGAGUUAGCUAUAUUAGACCUCAUCAACGGUUACAUCAACAACUCCAACUUCAAUGAUGCAGAGACUACGCAGCUUGUCGCAUACAUCUUGACAGCAGUGGUGAAGCUUUCGGUGAAGUUCAAGGACUCAGCUUCUCUCGAGCAGUUGCGUCUUAUCCUCAACUCUCGCAGCUACGACACCAACCUCGAGAUUCAAACGCGUGCUAUCGAAUAUCAGCAGAUAUUCGGUCAAAAUCAAAAAUUGAAGCAGGGUCUUUUGGCACACAUGCCUGCCCCUCCAAUCAAGGACAGACAGUCCUUGACCUUGCAUGGUGGAAACAUCCUGACCAAGGUGCCCAAAACCUUAACAUCGUCUUCUGAGAAGACUGAAGAUUUACUAGACUUGUUAGACGACGCUCCAGCAGCAUCAAGUCAGCCUGCUGCUGAGCAGGCUACUGACAAUGACCUAUUGCUGGACAUUUUCGGCCUGACUCCCUCAGCACCCCCAGCAUCGAAACCCGCAGCAGCAUCCAACGGUCUUCUUGACUUGUAUGACCAACCGCUGUCGCAAAGACAACCAGCCCCACAAUCCGCCCCAGUACCAUCAUCUACAGAGGUGGAGGCAUUUGCUGAUGGUCAUUUGAGAAUUGCUUUUGGCGACCAGUCGUUCCAGGAAGGCCUGGGUAGCUUUAAUGCCAACAUCACCUCUACAAGCCCCAGCAAGGUGGACCAAGUGCAAUUGCUUUUCGCUGUGCCCAAGACUCAAAAGUUGAAUAUUACAACGACGCAAGGAAGCGAUUCGCUUGUCACCAGCAAUGUGAUUCGCCAGGCAUUGCGUAUCACCGGUAAAGCAGGGUCCAAGGUGAAGUUGAGAGUGAAGGUGAAGUACAGACUCGACGGGGAGACUAGAGAGGACCAGUUUGACUUUGCUGGAUUCACGGGGACUUUGUAA